UCAAGGAACUUGGUAUACCCAGGAAACUUAUACCCAAGAAACUUGGUAUACCCAAGGAACAUAGAGAGUGAUGGCAGAAGCUGAGGCUAAAGAAGAACUUGGUUUAACAAGCCUCAAGGAAAAGUCUGAUGACUGUGAAGCUGAAACAAGUGUGCUCCAGCAACAACAGAAAAGUGAUAAUGAAGAUGAGGAACUUGAAUGUGCAGUUUGCUUACAGAAGUGUGUUCACCCAGUCCGCCUUCCUUGCUCUCACAUUUUUUGCUUCCUUUGUGUCAAGGGUGUAGCAAACCAGAGCAAGAGGUGUGCUAUGUGUCGGCAGGAGAUACCUGCAGACUUUCUCGAUCACCCGACUCUCCUCUCGUCUAUAGAGGCAGAGAAGGAAGAGGUUCUCCCAGGAGGAUAUCAGUGGUUCUAUGAAGGACGUAAUGCAGAUAUCAUAUUUGUCAGACUAACUGAGCCAGUGCCCACUAUAGCCUCAGCUUCCUGUUCGAAGCUGACAGGAGUGGAACCUGUUGUGGUCUUCUGCUGCUGUAGCCCAUCUACUUAA